AUGCCACCAAGAAGCCGAACUGGCUGUCUCACCUGCCGGCUGAGACACGUCAAAUGUGACGAGAGGCAACCCAUUUGCAGGCGCUGUAGCGCUGGAAAUCGCGAGUGUCGUCGUAGCGGCACCCUCACAUUUCGUGACGGCCUGACUGGGAGGGAGAGUGCUGCGAUUAAUGCCGCUGGCGACGGUCUCGGAGUUUUCCCCGAAGACCAGGCGUGGGUGUCUGUCCCAAAAGACGUGACAUUCGUUGACGAGACGCAAAAUACAGAAGACGGUUAUGCAACACCCUCAUGGAGUCCAGAGAGUUGGCCAAGGGGGAGUCCAACUCCCGUCACGAUCACAUCCCUUCCACCCAGCGAGGAUGCUGUCCUGGGACUGAACAGGGCAGAGCUUGAGCCUGAGGGGCCGGAAGUCGCUGUUCUGCCCAUACACCUUGAUGCACACUUACCCAUUGAUAUCGUCUCCCCAGAUGAAGCACUAAGGGGUGCUUCCGUACGCCAUCUUCUUCCCCAUGAUCGCACGGUUGGUCUCGGAACAAGAGGGCAAAAUGAUCUUGGAUUCGAGACCGAGGCGGAGGUCCCUGGGUUUCGGAUGAAAAUUUGUGAUCAUACCGAGGCCCUCCUGAUGAGGCACUACAUCGAUAAUCUUGCUUGCUGGCUAGACGUAUGCGACGUCUCUCGGACCUUUCAAACCAUAGUACCCGAUCUCGCCAUCCAACACCCAAUCCUGCUCAACGCGCUCCUCGCCUUCUCCGCCCGUCAUCUCUCACGCAUCAGCGAUUAUGAUCCUGAAGCCGCCGACGGCUAUCACCAAAAGAGCGUCGAGCUCCUAAUCCCCGGUCUCGAGUACAAUCUCCAGGAGGGUCGAGUAGGUGCCGAUGAGACACUCCUCAUCGCCACCAUCUUCCUCCGCCUCUACGAGCAGAUGAACUCGUCCGUGUACGGCAUCGACUUUAAGCAGCACCUCUCCGGGUCCGCCGCCAUCGUCAACGCGCAGGCCCACCGCGAGCUCGUCCAGGCCAGCGGGGUCACGGGCAACUUCCUCAGCACACUGCACGAGGCGAGCUUCUGGUCGUUCCUGCGGCAGGAUAUCGACAUGGCGCUAGCGAACCAGAAACAGCCCAAGGUCGAACUCAGCCUGUGCCGGAUUACGUGGGAUUCCGAUGCGAGCGACACCACAUGGGCCAAGUGGAUGAUCUGGAUCGUGGCGGAGACCGCGGCACUGUGCUUUGGCGGCGAGACCAACGAUGUGGAGGGUGCUUCGGCACUGGGACGAGUGGUGUUGCGCGAGCGCUGGGUGCAGAUGAAGGAGAAGUGCGCGCGCUGGUGGUGGUCGAAGCCCAAUGGCUUCCUGCCCCUCUACUAUCAGAAGCGUGAUGUUGCAGCUGGGCGGUGGUUCCCAGAGAUCUGGCUGGGCUCACCUUGGCACAUCACCGGGAUACAAUACUACCACGCGGCCAUGGUGCUCCUGGCCAUCUACGAUCCCUUCAGGUUGAAACCUGGGCGCGACUAUAUGCGCAUCCACCGCGAGUUACAGCGGGAGGUGUUGCAUCACGCCCGCGAGAUGGUGGGAGUCUGCUUUGGCAAACGGGCAGACGUCCCGGCCCGUUUGACUCUAACCCACGCCAUUGUAGCAUGCGGGUCGUGGUUCGUGGAACCGAUGGAGCAGGACUUGUUGUUGGAUCUGCUUCGCGAGCACCGGACCAUGAAUGGCUGGCCCACGGAUAAGGUGGUUGCCAAUUUAUUGGCGGAUUGGGGACGCUUGGAGUGA